CAUGGUAGUUAUGAAAAGACGAAUUUGGGGCUGUAUAGACGACUUGAGUUAGUCUUUAGAAGAGGCAUUGCAAUUACAAUAAAUCCAGCAGCUGAUCACUGUCCAUGGAUAUCUGAAUCUUAAUUUCAAUCCAAAGGUAGAACGAAGAUCGUUUAGUUUAGGCUGCUUCUGUGGCGAGUGUAUUACCUAAUUGACAAGAGUUGAAGACGAUGGUGAGGUCUACCACCAAGGAUGCCCAAGAUCUUAUCCGUGCUCUUUGGUCUGCGUAUUCUGCAACCCCCACAAAUCUCAAGAUAAUUGAUCAUUAUGUCGCGUUCGCUGUCUUCACUGCCCUCAUCCAGGUAGUUUACGUGGCGUUGGUGGGAACAUUUCCAUUUAACUCCUUCCUUUCAGGAGUACUUUCUUGUGUAGGGACUGCAGUUCUGGCUGUGUCUCUCCGGAUCCAAUUGAAUAAAGAGAACAAGGAAUUCAAGGAUAUUGCACCCGAACGUGCUUUUGCGGACUUUGUUCUCUGCAACGUGGUGCUCCAUUUGGUGAUCAUGAACUUCCUUGGUUAAAUUGAAUUCAUGUGGCUUUGCUUGUUUCCAGUAGAACAGAACUUAUUAACCCAAAAGGAAGAAGAAAAUAGAACAAAUAUCUGGGAUAGUAAAAAAAACUAAUAGUACUAUACCUUGAUAUUUGGGUUUUAUUUAUUUUAAAGUAUUUUCUUUAGUUUUAUAUUGAUUCAGCCACUACUACAACCCGUUUUCGUUUCUGGGAAUUUUGAUAAAAAUUGAUAAAAAUUGUGAAAUUA